GCCAAAUUGUGAUUUUCUUACUUUACUGCUACAGGAAUAUUCAUUUGACUCUGAAUAUAAAUAUUUCAAAGAAUCUGUUUUAGAGGCAAAAUGUGAAGCUCAGGAGAAAGAGAUUGCCAAGCUUAAAUAUUCAACAUGUGAGGUUGAUGGAUCAACUUCUGAAAGCGAACAUGAUCCGUCGCAACAUCCAGUUCCAUUCAGCUUCCAGUUGCAUCGUAGGCAGUCAUCGGAUAUAAUUGUUCCUAUUCCUAAACCCAGACCAUCUAUCAAAGAUAUAAAAGUACCACCUCCACCGCCGCCUCCGCCUCCACCACCACCGAUGUUUAAUAUGUCUUCCAUGAUUAAUAUGAGAACGCCUCUGUGGACUCCAAAAGUGACACCAGACUCGACUCCUUUUCAGACACCCAGAACGCUAUCCACCGAAUCCCUCAACACGUUGCAUUUACAGAAAAGUUUAAUACCACCUAAUCAAAAGCCUUCUCGUGGCGAAUUACUGAGCAAGAGGAAACAACUGAAAACAGCCAGGAGUCUUGGGGGAACCCCUCUAAGUCAACGUCUUCAAGGUACAACCAAAGAUUUUCAACAGUCAAGAGUGACCAACCGGAUUCCAACCGCAAUUGAAGAAGAAUUGUCUAAAAUUUUAAAAAAACGACGACAACCAAGUCCGGAUAAGACAAUGGAUUCAUCCUUUGAACAAGACUUCAGCUUCAGUUAGAAAUGAGAAAGCAAAUUGGCUCGUUAUCAAAAAUUUGACUUCCAAGGAGCUUUUUAUCCUGGAUAAAUAUUAACAUCAAUUAUUUUUAUUUAU